AUGGAUCAAAAUUUGAACGAAGAGCAUACGACUCAAUCCGACAUUUCAAAAAGUGGUAGCUUUGAAGAAAUUGAGCCCGAUGAUGAGCAGAGGUCGACGAUUGAACGACGCACGGUUUCUAGAUCAAGCACGAUAGAAAGAUUGACUUCAGGUUGUGCAGCUGAAAAGGACGCAACAAGACGAGUAAAUCAAGCUUCA